CGGCUUUGCCGUGUGGCGUGUGAGUGUGAUGGUGUCUGUUUCCUGUAAUUUCAAUUGCAAAUCAAAUGUACAGAGAUUGUCUAGUCUGGGAGACAUGGGAUCAGAUGAGGCUAAGAGAGACCAGCUCCAGGUAAAAGACCGGCAUAUGUUAGGUCAACGCCAAGCCAAUUUCCUCUACGACUACGAGCGAACUGAUCUACCGACCGACUAGCCGGAAUCCAAACUGCAAACUGCUGUUCGGUGGAAGAGACGAUAGAGAUUGUCCGACAGGAGAAAGUAUAUAUUGAUGGCAGCAGGAACUGCAUGUCUGAUAACGUCCAUCAAUGCUGAAGCCGCCCCGUCCAACGGUGUUCCCCGAAACCAAAACCCUUUGCCUCGUUUGUCCUUCUCAAGACCUUCUUGGGUUGUCAGAACCGAGUCGAAUGUCCGGAAAGAAGAAAAGAACAAGCCAUAUCCACCUUGUGUUGUAUGCAGAGGAAGUGGGAGAGUGAAAUGCUGUCAUUGCCAAGGAAGAGGUAGGACGAACUGUAUACAACUGGUUAUGCUACCAAAAGGAGAAUGGCCAAAAUGGUGCAAGACUUGUGGUGGGAGUGGCCUUGGUUACUGCAGCCGUUGCUUGGGGACAGGAGAACAUAGGGGUAUAAUGGGUUUUCGUUUCAUGAAGAUGGAUGCUCAGGGGACGCAACAAGGCAAAGAGAAUCCCCAAUAAACUGUAAACAGGGAUGCUAUUAGUAGCAGAUUAACCCCAUUCUUUCCCAGUUCAUUUUUUCCUUUUUUUCCCUCUAUGUACACGUGCUUCCAACCUGUAGGGUGUCCUUGAUGUUCAUAAGAACAAAUGAACAAUGGAGCUUUACAGAAACGAUGUGAAAGGAAAAAAGUAAGUUACAUCUUAGAUUGGUUCUGGUUAUUACCUUAUUAUAUGAUUGAUCUGUUACGGCGUCUCA